UCAAUUGUUCGGGUUUGCCGUCAAAAGUCUCUCGCUGACGUUGUUGCUGUGACCAAUGCAGCCGGGUCGGUACCAGCGAUACUUUUUUGAGGAAGAUCCCUGGCAUAUGCAAUGAAGAGCCAGCCUCUCGCUCCCUACUACUUCUUUCAACUUGGAUUCCUUGGCGCACUUUGACAUCGGAGAGGACGCGACCUAGCUAAGCGAAGGGUUCGAAACCCAUUUGGAUUGGGUCCACUUGCAAGUGCAACGCGACCGACGUGGGCGGGUUUUGACGCACACACGCGGAUCCCCCCUCCUCACGCAAAACACUGUGAGGACUUGUUGCGCUUCACCGGGGGAACACACCACUGUGCUUUUGCACCAUAAGAACCCUCCACGUACAGGGACUACACCUGGUUGCGUACAACUACCCAACCAGUGAAGCCAGCUCGUGGAUGCGGUUGUGAUUUAAGACCACGCGCGCACGCACUCGCGCGUCUGAUUCUUCUUUAUUUGAACAUUUCAAUGGCAUUCAAGCAAAGCCGAGUACAACUUUCUUAGGUUGAUUAAUUUCCUCUUGUAAAUCGCCUAAUCAAACUGCGUCAAUAUGUCCGAGCGCGAUGGACUGUGUAGCGACGGCGCUCCGGACUUUAUCCCGGCCAGAGUGUCCCGCGGCCGGCGGAGCGGUGUCACGCUGCCCGGCGGUCCGGACCCGGAGACCAUAGUGAUGGAGUCCGUGAAGGUAGCACCGCGUCGUAGCAGCAUCAUAAAGGAUCCUUCAGUGCAGAAAGUGGGCGGAGGCAGAAAGAAGACCGUGUCAUUCAGCAGCAUGCCCUCAGAGAAGAAGGUUAACAGCGCAGCCGACUGCCUGGCCUUCAUGCAGGGCGGAUGUGAGCUGAAGAAAGUGCGCCCAAACUCCAGGAUCUACUGUCGCUUUUACACAUUGGAGGCUGACCUGAGCUGCUUGCGCUGGGAACCGUCCAAGAAGGACGGGGAACGGGCACGUCUGGACGUCUCCAGCAUUCGAGAAGUGCGGACCGGGAAGAGCACCGAGACCUUCCUGCAUAACGGACUCCUCUCUGAACAACUUGCUGAGGAAGCCGCGUUCUCUGUCAUACAUGGAGAGGACUACCAGUCUCUGGACCUGGUGGCACUCUCUGCGGACGUGGCCAACAUUUGGGUGACCGGACUCCGCUACCUGCUGGCACACCCAACUGCCGUCGGAGCUGGACUGGGAGGAGGUGGCGGUAUGGGAGAUGGAGGAACGAUGGAGGGCAGUCUGGGUAGCAAACUGAGGAACGAGUGGCUGGCAACAGAGUUUGCCCGAGUGGAUGAAGAUGGUUAUGGCAUCGUGUCUGAGGAUGUGGCAGUCAAGACCAUUGUUAAACUUUGUCCUGGCAUUAAGGAGGCUAAGGUCCGUCUGCGCUUCAAGGAGAUCCAGCGUAGUAAGGAGAAGCUAACGUCCCAUGUGACGCGCGAGGAGUUCCAGGAGGCCUACUGCGAGCUGUGCACCCGGCCGGACGUCUACUUCCUUAUGGUACAGUUGGCCAAGGACCGUGAGUGUCUGGACCCUCAGGACUUGCGCCUCUUCUUGGAGACGGAGCAGGGGCUGUCCUUGGCCACAACCGAGGGCUGCUUGGAGCUCCUGAGACGCUAUGAGCCCUCGGCACAGGGCAAGGAGAGAGGGCUGCUGGGAUUGGACGGCUUUGCUCGCUAUCUGCAGUCUCCUGAGUGCCAGCUGCUGGAUCCUGAGCACGAGGGAGUGUGCCAGGACAUGAACUUGCCCCUCUCACACUACUACAUUAGCACCUCGUACCGGUCCUACCUUCUAGAUGAUCAGGUCCAUGGCAGAGCGGACCUAGGCGGGCUAAUUAAAGCACUUCAGUCUGGGUGUCGGUGCCUGGAGCUCGGAGUAACAGACGGCCCAGAGGGGGAGCCUCUACUUGGAGUUGACUAUGGUCCAGAUAUCUCUUGUCAUCAUCAUCAGCACCAUGCACCCGUCACCAUCCGCUCUGCUUUGGAGGUGGUCAACAAGUACGCCUUCCUGACCUCGCGAUAUCCACUCCUGUUGUACUUGUGCCAACGCUGCUCGCCUGCCCAGCAACGUACAAUGGCACAGCAUCUUAAGAAGGUGCUUGGCUCCCGGCUUUACACUCCGGAAUCCCUACCGGUCAGUCUUGGGAGUCGAGCCACCACCUUACCUUCCCCAGAACAGCUGAAAGGACGUGUCCUACUAGUGGGCAAGAAACUUCCUCCAGAGCAUGAAGGAUCUGAUGGAGAGGUGUCUGAGGAGGAAGAAGAGAUAGGAGGAGGUGGUCCUCUAGCUGGACGACGAAUGACCAUUCCGGGUGAGGAGGAUCUUGGUGUCGUAUUGGUAGUACCGCCGCCCUCGCAACCAAGGAAGCUCCGGCUACACAAAGAACUCUCUGAUUUGGUAGCCAUUGCUCGGACAGACAGCCGCCACUUUUACGCCCAACGAGCUGUUCAUAAGCAGCAUUCGCCACCCAGCAGUCCAGGGUCUCCUGGGACUCCCUUGAUGAACGAGACACCAUACUGGACUUUGUGCUCCCUGGGCGAGGGUGAGGCAGGGCGGUUGACUACAGAGAGCCCAGAAGACCUCGUCAUGUUCACCAAGCGCACUUUAACAAGGGUGCGGCCCAGCUCGGUGCGCCUAGACUCCAGCAACCCCAACCCACAGGGAUAUUGGAAAGGAGGUGUGCAGCUCGUGGCCUUAAACCAGCAGACCCCUGGAGCCAUGCUGGACCUUCACAAGGGCCGCUUCUCUCAAAAUGGGGGGUGUGGUUAUGUUCUUCGACCUGCCGUCAUGAGGGACGAGGUGUCGUAUUUCAGCGCCCAUACGCAUGGAUGCGUGCCUGGUGUACCACCGCAAACUCUUCGAAUUAAGGUUAUUAGUGCACACAACCUACCUAAACCUCAGGGAUCAGGUGCCAAAGGAGAGGUCAUUGACCCCUACGUGGUCCUGGAACUUCACGGAAUACCAGCUGACUGUGCAGAACAGCGUACACGCACUGCUCUCCAGAACCAGGAUGACCCCCUCUUUGACGAGACCUUUGAAUUCCAAGUCAACAUGCCCGAGCUUGCCCUUCUUCGUUUCGUCGUGCUGGAUGACGACUACAUUGGAGACGACUUCAUCGGCCAGUUCAGCGUGGCGUUUGAGUGCCUUCAGUCCGGCUACCGCAACGUGCCCCUGCUAGACCUGACGGGGGAAACCUUACCUCACGCCAGCCUCUUUCUCCACGUGGCUGUCACUAACCGACGAGGGGGCGGCAAGGCCCACCGCAGAGGCUUGUCGGUGAGGAGGGUGGGCCGGCGCGGGCGCGAGUAUGUCACAUUGAGGAACACGGGUAUCAAGACAGUAGACGAGACCUUCAAACUGGCCGGCGCACCCCUGAAAGAGGUGAUGGACCUGCGGGAGGAAGCUCAGGGUACCAUUGCCAGUUUCAAAGAACAGUGUGGGCUCCCCACGGUGGCCAAACUCAAACAGUGCAUCCAGAGCCUGGCCACCAGGCUGCAAAGCCCAGAGGGCACCAUCGGGGUCACAAUGGUGCUGAAGGAGGGCUACCCAUGUCUAGAGGCCCUCGUCACUGUGUCCGAGCCCACACGCAAGCUGCUCUCUGCCUAUGACACGAUGAUUGCGGCCCAGAAACAGCUGAUUGAGAAUGCUGAUGGCGUCCAGGAAAGGAUUGCACAGGUGCAGAGAGCAGGCAUGGAAUUCCAUGAAGAUCUGUCUCGUUUGGGGGAGAAGGAAGGCAUGAAAGGGUGCAAGCUGAGCAAAGCUGUGGAAAGCUUCACUUGGAACGUCACUGUACUCAAGGGUCAGAGCGACCUGCUCCGUGGAGCCAAGAUGGAUGCUCUGGAUGCUCUGAGGCAGGUGGCGUUGGCCUGCGAGGCCUCUGGACUCACCUCGUCCGCCUCCAACUCCUCCUCAUCCACUUUCACCACGGCUGAGCUGCACUACACCUCUCAUAACCUUACCGUGCGCCGAAGCAGCACGCACAGCAACGGACGCAUCUGACGUUGUUUCUUACCGGCUGGAACCUAUAACGCAAUGAAGUACAGUAAGAGUCCACUUCGGGCAAGUUGUGGGGUUUGAACUGAAGAGAGGCCUUUGUUGAGCGACUUAAAAUUCCUACUUUAUUUUCAAACAGAACAUUCCAGACUCGGGUGUCAAAGUCAAGCGCAAUUUUCUCGGUAUACAGAACAUUGACAAAUUCUGAGCAAUUCGCGCUAAGAAGGCAGCGUGUGAAGUUGACGUGCGGAACACAUUAAACUAAAGGCUCCCUCCGUCACUUAUAAUUUAACUCCAGUGUUUGAACAUACUGAAAGACAAAAAUAAUGAGUUGAGAACUGAGUGCACUGAUUUAUAGAUUUAGUUCUGAAUUUGGGGGUUAAAAGAAAAAAAAAGUAAUUCUUGCCUGACAGAACGAUUUUGUAAAAUCAGUAUAAAUUAAGAAAACAUGAGAUUUUAGUCACAUUUUCCUAUUUAAUAUUAAGAUUUUUGUUAAAUUAUUGCUAUAAUGAAUAGAAAAGUCAUUUAAAAUAUCAAAAAAGGGAAUGAAAUAACCCAGCAAUCAAUUUGAAUACUUGACCUCAUGGUUUAUGUUUACAUAAAGCUUCGUCUAAUUGGAUUUUGUGGUUUCAUACAUUGGUUUAUCCUAGACUUUAAUUUCAUGUUAAAAUUGAGCAUUUUUCUCCUCUCCUGAAUUGACUCAAUAACCUGUCAGAAACACUGUCAUUUCACAAAUGAUCAUGUUACCAGUACAAGUGGCUGAAUUUGGGUGCAGGUUAUUGGGGCCUUUGCUUCUUGUCAUGUCAACUCGAAGAGGUUGAAAUGUGAGGAGGAUAGGUCGUAAUUGGAGAAAGGUUGUUUUUCAGAAGACAUACUGUACAUGUGGCUCACAUGUCCCCAUUUCCUGAGACGGUGUAAAAACAGUACAACGCUGUACUGUACUAGUAUGUAAUGGAUGUAGCAAUAACAAAAAAUAGAGACAUGGCUGAACAAAUAGAUUUUGGAUGUUGUCUUUCUAAUCAAUCUCUUUUGACUCUUUGAAUGUGUGAAAACAGCCACUGCCUGUUGAAAAUAAUGUUUAACUUUGGCCUUUAGAGUGCAAAUAUGUGUUGUCUUUGAAUUAUUAUGUCAUCUUUUAAUCUGAACUCCUUGAGUCUUGUUAUCUGUAUGUUCUGAACCUACAUUUUCGCUUAUUUGAUAACAUGCAAACUACUCACAUAAAGCAAACCCCAGAACUGUUGGCAAAUGUGCUAAGCACUUUCUUGUAAUGAAAUUACUAGUUAAGAUUUAAAAAAAAAAGAAGAAAAAAAAAAAGAAGAAAGAAAACAAAAAUCUUUCAAAAGAAUCACUGGAUUAGUUGACCAAGAAUCGUCUCGACUUCAUCGAGUCCACACUGUUCACAUUUAUUGCCUGACCUUUAAUGAGACAUUUGUCUGCGAUCGCCGAUGCAAAUUUGACAAGGAACUCAAUCUUAAAGUUUUCUCCUUAACACUUUGCAGUGGUACCUCGACAUACGAUAUUUCGACACACGACUUUUUUGACAUCCGACAUAAAAUUUGACUCGCCAUUUGUUUCUACAACCCCUAGCAAAAAGUAUGGAAUUACCAAUCUCGGACGAGCACUCACUCAGACAUCUUAUCAUGUAGAACAAACUCAGAUAAAAGGCUUGAAAAAGAAUGUAUUAGUUCAAAAGGGCAACUCUAUAGCAUUCUGAAACACUAAAAGAAAUGAAAAAAAAAAACAACAACAUUGUGUUGGUCAGUAAAUGUUACUUUUAUAGAGCAAGUGCAGGGAAAUAUAUAUGGAAUCACUCCAUUCUGAGGAAAAAAAUAUGGAAUCAUGAGAAACAAAAAAAUAACAAUCAAAACACAUCUCUAGUAUUUAGUAGCACCACCUCUGGCUUUUAUGACAGCUUGCAGUCUCUGAGGCAUGGACUUGAUGCAUAUUCUUCAUCAAUUUGGUGCCAACUCUCUUUGAUUGCAGUUGCCGAUCAAGCUUGCAGAUCGGACAGAGCCUUGAUGUGGACCAUUUUUUUCAAUUUCCACCACAGGUUUUCAUUAGGGUUGAGAUCUGGGCUAUUAGCAGGCCAUGACAUUUACUGGAUGAGUCUUUCUCAAAGGAAUGCUUUUAGCUCUGUGGCAUGAUGCAUUGUCAUCUUGGAAAAUGACAAACAUAUCUUCAAUUGAAGGGAUAAGAAAACCGUCUAAAAUUUCAACGUAAACUUGUGCAUUUAUUGAAGAUUAAACCAAAGCCCCAGUGCCUUUGCCUGACAUGCAGCCCCAUAUCAUCAAGGACUGAGGGAAUUUUGAUGUUUUCUUCAGGCAUUCAUCUUUGUAAAUCUCACUGGAACAGCAUCAAACCAAAGUUCCAGCAUCAUCAACUUGUCCAAUGCAGAUUCUUGACCCUUGACACCUUGUCCAAUGCAGAUUCUUGACUCUUGACAAGGUGAUGAUGCUGGAACUUUGCACUUGCUCUAUAAAAGUAACAGCUUCGUCAGGUUUCUAAUAAUUUAUUCCAUCAACUUGUACAACAAAACACGCCUACUGUCCCCUGCAGCUGAACAAAGUAAACAGAGUGAAAGUAAAAAGUUGCAUCUCACUCUGUCAAGUCAGCCACGCGAUGUGUUCAGGUACACCACGCAAACAAAUUCGCUACAUUAGAACCCGAUUCGUUACAUUAUUACAGGUAUUAUUAUUAUUAUUAUUAUUACUAUUAUCAUAUUAUUAUUAUUCCAAUUUUAAUUCAUACUUUAUUUGUCUUGCUCUGUGUAAUGGCUAUUUGCAAUAGUACCAGCAGUAUUUAUUAAGGAUUUAGUAUAGGUUUUCGGGCUGUGGAACGAAUUGUUGGAAUUAUAAUGUAUACUUAUGGGAAAAUAAUGCUCGUACGACCAUUUCGACUUACAGACAAGGUCCUGGAACGAAUUAACGUCUUAUGUAGAGGUACCACUGUAUUUAAACUCAUUUUCAUAAGACAGUUAUUAUUGUGACAUGACACUGUUAUGAACAUUAAUUAAAGGGGAGGUUCAGAAUUUUUGAGAUUAGGCUUAAUCUACGAGUUAGUGAAGUUUUAAUUAGUUGGGUGAGUUGAUUUCAACAAAAACCGUGCAGUUUGUUAGUUGUUUGGUAGUUUCAGGGCUCCGGAGUGGCUAAGUUUGUGUGAGUCAAUGUUAAAAUCUUAGCAUGCCAAUAUAAAACAACAUAUGCACGCAGGAGAAUCACCGAUGACACCUGCAAUCAAUAGUGUUGGCUUUGUUUUCAGGAUAAAGUUAUUAAAAUUACCACUGCAUGUCAAUAAUUGUAGUAUGAAUAGCAACAUUUGUAAUGCAGCAGCUCUGCAGGGAACAGGCUGCAGAGCGGAAUGAUAUUUUUCCCACCGGUGUGUUUAUGUCGUAGUCAGCAGCAAGUAACCACAGUUUAUAUUGUUCCUCGUUCUUCAUUGGGUGUUUGUUAAAACUUUCCACAGCCUCUAAAUGCUCAUUUCACCAUGUUGCCAUCCUUCAUUCAACUCAGCAGACUGAUGCUGCCUACAAGAAGUCGGAGUGUCCAACCUCCGACCUGUAAAUAUGUAAUUGGAACGCCACUCGAACUGGGAGUUCCUAGUCGCGAACUCGAAAAAAAAGUACCCAGACAUCACAAGUUGCUUCAAUCUGAUGCCACCCUACAAAAUGGUGCUGCCUGCCAAAAAGCAGACCGCCAAUAGUAAAACUAAAGAAAACAGUUUACAGUGUGUGCUAUUUACCUCAGCCGUCGUUUUUCCCUCCCUCCUUUUUUGAUCGCUUACGAGAAGGCAGGUUUGCGGAGGUCAAAAUGUCUUUUGAUGGCCAAAUUAAAAAACAAUUUGUUGCGAUCAGCCAUCUUUGCUGUUUAAAUUCGCUUGGAACGCUACGAGGUUGCAACUGGUACCAUCCAAGUGGGAUAAGUCCAACUUACAACCUUCCUCAAAUGCAGCAUGAGCACGAGUGGCUGAAGCACUCCUCUCUAUUGUGAUCGCAUUACGCAUGUUAAAAAAUUGUCCUACAGAAUUAAAUGAAUUACGGCAGCUUGGUGUGACAUUGUUUUUGCCGUAUGGGUAUUUCGAACAAUGAUCUGCAUUUUUAAUUUAUUUGACGAUCUUAAAUCUGUUAAUAUAGUUUAAUAUUGGCAUGCUAAGAUUAUACCAUUGACUCGCGCUAGCUUAGCCACUCCAGUGCCCUAAAACAAAUAUCUGACAAACUGUGCGGAAUUUGUUGAAAUAAACUCCACCAACUAAUUAAACUCUCGCUAAUUCGAAGAUUAAGCCUAAUCUUAAAAAAUUCUAAACUUCCCCUUUCAUGGUAAUGACAGAUGUCAGUCCAAAUCCUAAAACAGUUUCUAAACUCUAAUCUCAACACAAAGACAUUUGGAAAAAAAUCUCAAUAUUGCAUCAAAAGUGACAUAAAUUACUGAAUGACACGCAGUGACAUCUGUCGUAAACCCUUAUUCAUAUGCAUGACAGGUGUCAUGUCAUCAUUAUGAUAGUCUUAUGACUCAGUUCAAAUAAAGUGUAACCAUUUUCUCUUGAAUUGGAAUUCCAUACAUCCCAGGCAUCCUCAGCAAUGAGGUUAAAGUGGUCCAGUUCAGUAAAACAUCUUCAAGAUCACUGGUUAAAUUCAUGCCAUAUUGACUACACAAAAAUCAGCAAUGAAUACAAUUUAAAUUGAUUUAUGCUUGAUUUGAAUUCAACCUUUAACUGAAACUCUGAAGUAUUGUACCAUGAAGUCCUUGUGGUGUACUGCACUACCCCUCUCAUGUCUAUGCUUGUUUUUAUUGUCUUUUAAUCAACUACGUAUGCAUCGCUUUCCCUUCAUAAGUACAGUUGGGCCAAAAGAUGAAUUGGGACGAUAGCGAGAGUUUGGUUUGAGAUCAUUUUUCUGGAUGGUAAAAUUAAUUCAGAUCCAACUAGUUUAUCACUUAGGCGGGCUGCCAUAGAAUCAAAGUAAAUGGCGGGUCUACUGUUUGAAACCGGGAACUGUUACAGCACGGUUGUAGAGUCAUUUUCGUUUAUGUCUCUGCUCAUCUUCUUACCUGAUCUGGACAUGAAUGAUGCAUCUACUCCCGUAAAGCAAACCACAGUAUUAUCUUUCGAGGUCCGCUUCACAAACCUGCUGACAUGUCGGGAGGGUUAUAUACGCUACAUUACUGUACAUGCGGUGACAGGGCAAAACAAGCCUUUUCGGAGGGUCGUUGCAUUAUGUUUUAGUAAUUAGGUCUGACCUGGUUUACAUUGAACGACACAGCCCCGCUGCCCCACAGAGGGUUAGCGGCUAGCUAUUGGAGAGUAAAAUAACCAUUAAAAGGGAUGGCGACAUAACCCGAAUUUCCACGUAGGUCCGAAUUAACCCUUUAAGUACCCCUAAUUUCCCCCAAAUCUCAAAAUAACUAUCCAAAAACAUGCAUUUUUCAUCAUUGUACUGUCCUCCCCAAGACGUUGGCAGACGUCCCUGUGGUUUGCUGACUUUUUUCAGCUGCCCAUAACAUUAACACUUGCAGAAAAGAAAAAAAAAAAGAAAUUAAAUCAGUUUCAUCUUGAAUAACAGCAAUACAAAUUUGUGUUUAUAACUAGCUGCUGAUACAGCAACAACAAUUCACACAAACAAUUAGCACGUAUCAGUUAGCGUCCGCUCAUCAUCAAAAAUAAUCACAUUAACUCGUCCCAAGUAUCUGAUCACAAUUAAAAACGCACAAUGAACAGUACAAAAGGUGCUAAAUACAGGUGAUACCUCUAUGGAUGCUUCACAAACAAAAGUCAACAUUAUUUUAAAAAAAUAAUAACGAUUGACAAGACUCUGGCGUCGUAAAGUUGAAAUCACGUAACUCGGGUACGUCGUCGUAACCCAGUGACUACCUGUAGUUUGGCUUUGAAGCAAUGAAAAAAUAAAUUACGUAAGAACUUAUUUUUUAAAAAUGAUUUUCCACAGUUUUUAACAAAUCUGUAGAGUGUUGCAACGUUUAUAUGGAGCCAAGGUAAAUAUUUCAAUAUUUUUCAGACUUUCGGAAUGAUCCAUUUCAUUGUAUUUACAUAUACUUGGGUUUUAAAUCCAUUGUCCUUUCUGCUCGGACGCGUCAUCAUACUUAGGCAAUGUAAUGAGACAAAUUGCGUCAUUUAUUAAUCUCAGAAUCUAACUAACGCUUCGCUCACCUUCUUGGAAAUCUCACUAUCCCUGGACUUUAACGAGGCCCUAAUUUUGGUUUACAGCGUGUUCAUGUUUUUGAACGUGUUUACAUGGCCUCAAAUUACUAGAUCACUGCCAAAUACCCGGUUUUUAAAUGGUUACUGACAUGGCCUGUGUUCAUGAAGGAUACGGACCAAACAAAAUCUGUGAGUAAUUGACGCUCUCUCAAAAGGUUUAUCAUUGCCUAUAGGUGUCAUAAGAUGUGAUAAAGCACUACCUUUGUCUGUACUCAAACUCCUGAUUUCACUUCAACCUAGUUCCUUUGUUCCAAUAUGUCACCAAGUAGUGGUAAAGUGCUACUUUUUUUUGAAUGAAGUUCUUCAUUUCGUUAAAAAAAUGUAUAAAAUAGUUCCUUGACACAAAUAUGGCGCCAAAGAAAUGCUCUCAUUGCCUUGCUUGAGUGCAAACCAGUAAAUUUCUUGUUUUGUUUUUUAGCAAGUAAUGCAGGAAAGGUUUUAAAAAUACAUUUUCGUGAAUGCUAAAUUGCAAGUAUGCAGCAUAUCCCGUUACGGGUUUCACUUUUUGAGUUUGACUAUUGAAAUGAAAUAAUUUCAUUCAAAUGUAUUAAGAUGCACACAUAUGUAAUGUGAAUUCCUCAUUUUAAUCUUCAUCAAAAUGCUUGUAUUUCAUUUAAUUUUUACAAUUAAAAGAAAAUACUCAUGCCUUAUAGGCAACCACUAAUUGUGCAAGUUCUCCCACUUGAAAAUAUUAGAGAGGCCUGUAUUUGUCAACAUAUGUAAACCUCAACCAUGAGAGACAGAAUGUGGAGAAAAAAACCCAGAAAAUCUCAUUGUUUGAUUUUUAAAGAAUUUAUUUGCAAAUCAUGGUGGAAAAUAAGUAUUUGGUCAAUACCAAUAGUUCAUCUCAAUACUUUGUUAUGUACCCUAUGUUGGCAAUAACGGAGGCCAAACAUUUUCUGAACUCUUCACAAGCUUUUCACACACUGUUGCUGGUGUUUUGGCUCAUUCCUUCAUGCAGAUCUCCUCUAGAGCUGUGAUGUUUUGGGGCUGUCAUUGGGCAACACUGACUUUCAACUCCCUCCUCACCCCGUGGUGUCAAAAUGAUAAGAACGGUGAGCAAAAAUCCCACAACCAUAUUGGGGGACCUAGUGAAUGACCUACAGAGAGCUGGGACCACAGAAACAAAGGCUACUAUCAGUAACACAAUGCGCCGCCAGGGACUCAAAUCCUGCACUGCCAGACGUGUCCCCCUGCUGCAGAAAGUACACGUCCAGGCCCGUCUGCGGUUCGCUAGAGAGCAUUUGGAUGAUCCAGAAGAGGACUGGGAGAAUGUGUUAUGGUCAAAUGAAAUGAAAAUAGAACUUUUUGGUAGAAACACAGGUUCCCCUGUUUGGAGGAGAAAGAAUCCUGAAUUGCACCAUACCCAUCGUGAAGCAUGGGGAUGGAAACAUCAUGCUUUGGGGCUGUUUUUCUGCAACGGACCCGGACGACUGAUCUGUGUAAAGGAAAGAAUGAAUGGGGCCAUGUACCGAGAGAUUUUGAGUGAAAAUCUCCUUCCAUCAGCAAGGGCAUUGAAGAUGAGACAUGGCUGGGUCUUUCAGCAUGACAAUGAUCCCAAACACACAGGCAGGGCAACAAAGGAGUGGCUUCGUAAGAAGCAUUUCAAGGUCCUGGAGUGGCCUAGCCAGUCUCCAGAUCUCAACUCUGUAGAAAAUCUGUGGAGGGAGUUGAAAGUCCGUGUUGCCCAACGAC